UGCUUUCCAAACAUGCGUUUGGUUUGCUUGUAGCAAGUUAAAAAUAGCUUUAUUUCAUAACCUAACCGAUAGACAGUUGUAGAAUACCUUCAUGAAGUUAUAAUACGCCCGCGACAGCGAUAAAGUACUUCCAGGACAAAAAUGUCAGUAUGUGACAAUUUGCUAGAGGAAAGACUUCGAUCCGAGCUGGUGCUUAAGGCUAACCUAAAGACAUUGAGAAAGACCCUUGAGCAGCAGCUGCAGGAGAUGAAGAGGAGACAGACAGAGGAGCUCGAUAAAAGUAUUCAUUGGAACACUCUGUUAUUAACAGAUACAAAUCUAAAUGAUGACAUCGAAAGAUUUGCAGGAAGGAGGUCCACCCUUGUGUCUGCUCUGAAGUCAGAAAAGGAGGCCUCCCUCCAUGGAAAACAGAGGCCUAAUAUGUCUUCUAUCUCUGUGCUACCUUCAUCAAAUCCCAAGCACUGUUAUGUCAGCACUCAGCAGUGUGAAAGGUGCUCUUUAUCUAAAACAACACAACAGAAGAGAGAUGAGGAGGCUGAGGCCGAAUGCAAGAAGAAGUUCAGCGCUGCUCCCGUCCCCACCUGUGUCAUUCAGCCCAUCUACCAGGAGAUGAUGGAGCUCAGAGAGAAAGAGAGGAAAGAGGGCCAUGAGCAGAGAAAGGAGUUCCUGCUCUCCAUUCAGAAACCUUUUAGCUUUGAGCAGAGGGACAAGAAAACAAGGGAGAAGGUGCCAGCAAUAUUAAACCAGGUUUCUGAGGAUCCAAAAAACAACAUUAGUGUUAAGAAAACUUCUCAUAAAAUUAUUAAGGAUUCAAGACCGCAGAAAGGCCAGCUGGAUAUUCCCAGAAACAUCCAGGAACGAAUAUUGUCCAAGCAACAGAAUCAGACUCAGGCUGGAAGCUGCCUGAAACUUCACAGCGCUGAUCACAGCAGAAAAAAAAAGCUGGGUUUCUUGGAUGAGAAGCCGACCUUCAAGCCAAAAAUCAUCCCUCAAGUCCCAGAUUUUAAAAGGCUGCACAAGGCGCUGCAAAAGGAAGCACUGGAGAAAAAGCAGGGUCAGGAAGCGACAAAGUGUCAGCCCUUCUUCCUGAGGACAUCAGCUCUACCUGCAAGGAAACACAUGAAGAGUUCUGAGACAUCAAAGGUAUCUAAAAUGAAUAAUCUCAGUAGGAGCAAGUCGCUUGGAGCCCUAACACUGAUAUCUGCAGACACUCUACCCACGUAUAUCACAGAUGCUGCAAGGCAGCGCUGUGCAGCCAUCAGAAAAUCAAUAGAGAUGAAGGAAAGUAAAAAUCAAGAGAGUACAGAGUGGUUAAAGAGCUACCAGAUGAGAUCCCAAGCAAUGAAGAAGACUGUCGUUCUUCAUGCAAAGUUGCUGGAUCCCCACAGCAGCCUGAAAGACGUAUGUAAUGAAAAUCUACAGCGCCAUCGGGAAACUGAUCGACAAAGAAUGAGAGAUUAUAUAAGAGAAUUACAAGAAAUGAAAGCCCGAGUUAGUGAGAGACCUUAUUUGUUUGAACAAGUGAAACAGAAAAAUGCAAAGGUCCAUGCAGAGCAGACAUACAAAGGAAAGCUGCAGAAAGCCGGUAUAAAAGAGCAGUUUGUUGAAGAAACUGGAAAAUCGUUCAUACUAGAUGAAGCUGACACCGAUACAGUUAGCCACGGUUCUGAAGAGGAAACCCAAAACAGGGAGGAAAAUGUAGACGACGGGGAGAAAAUUGAAGAUGUGGAUGAGAAGAGCGUGAAGUCCAAAGGGGAAGAAAUGCCAUGAUGAAAAAGCUUCAGGAAGAGCUGAGUUUUUGUGGUGUCCCAAGUUGAAAAGAACACUGUCUUUAAAAAAUGAUCUGUGUCACAGUGAACACCGAAAACCUGAUUGUUUAUGAUGCACACCUAUAAAUUAUGAAAAUAAAAGUCAUGGGGACUUGACACUCCAAUCGUUUAAACUGAAUAUAAAUUAAAUUUUAUUCUACUUUAUAUGUUAUUGAAUAACUACUAUUUUACAAACAUGAUUUUUGAUGUUAACACAUAGAUGAACUGUUUUCUUAGUUCUUUUUUUAGGCUUAUUUGUUUUAUAAAAUGACCUAAUAUAAAUAUUUGGUCUUUGCUGAU